GUGCGGGUGUCGUUGUCAUCCCGCUGCGGGCAGGCCGCCGCGGCACGUGGAACGAUUGGGGGGAUGGCUUGCACACUUGGGGCCAACCCAUCACACCCGGCUUGGGGAACCCGGGAGUGAGGCCCGGAGCCUUUGCCAGAGGCUCUGGGCCGAAAAUGGGAAGAAAUGACGGCAGGCGAGCGAGGGAAGGACAGGCGGGUUGCACCGCAGGUCGUUUCCGAGCUCAGCUUGCCCCAGGCGUCGCGAACGCGGACGAGCCUCGAGCUCGCGGGGUCG